UUUCUCUUUCAUUUCUAUCCACAUCUCUCUCUUUCUCUCCAACACUAAUAAUCUCUUGGUUGUUCUUUUGUGAUGUGAUUCUCUCCACAAUCACUUAUAAUCUCACAAAAACGAAACAAGCCUUUACAAAAGGAAAAGAAACUUCAAGAAACCAUGGUUUUUAGCUCCAUCCCAGCUUAUCUUGAUCCAGCCAACUGGCAACAACAUCCAAAUCAUCAAGGUGGUGAUGAUAGUGGCGUCAACGCUCAUCAGCUUCCUCCUCCUCCUCCUCCACCAUCGGCUCCACAGCCUCAUGGAGGAGGAGGAGCAGGAUCGAUCCGGCCCGGUUCAAUGGCUGAUCGAACUCGAUUAGCCAACAUACCGAUGCCGGAAGCGGCAUUAAAAUGCCCAAGAUGUGAAUCGACAAACACCAAGUUUUGUUACUUCAACAACUACUGCCUCACGCAGCCUCGACACUUUUGCAAGACUUGUAGAAGGUACUGGACCAGAGGUGGCGCCUUAAGAAACGUUCCGGUUGGAGGCGGAUAUCGAAGGAACAAAAGGAGCAAAGGAAGCAGUUCAAAAUCGUCAGCCAGCGGCGGCGACCUGAAAGCAGCUUCGGGUUCUUCCAGUACGAUUUCUUCCAACAGUACCGGAAACACUGAUAUUUUCGGCCUUGGAUCUCAUGUUCGUUCACCGAGGUUCAUGGCUCCUUUCAAUCCCCUUGCUGAAUUUGGCGGCGGUGAUCAUAUUGGGUUGAAUUAUGGGACUAUGUCGGCUCCACUCCGCGGAAUGAGUGACUUAAGCAGCUUUCAAAUGGGAAACACUUUAGCCAUUGGCGGCGGCAGGGACGGUGCUACUCCCGGUAGUUCUCUCUUGACAAUGGCCGGUUUGGAUCAAUGGCGGCCACCGCAAUUUCCUUUCCAAAGUGGCUUAGAAUCUUCUUCUGGGAUGUACCAAUAUGAAAGUGGAGCCAUUGUUGAGCAUUCGAACUCAAUAGCCACCCAAAUGGCUUCAGUGAAAAUGGAAGACAAUGGUAAUAAUAAUCAGCAGGAACUCAUCAAUUUGUCAAGGCAGUUUCUGGGGAUUCAAGGAUAUGAUAAUUACUGGGGUGGAACUGCAUAACUUCAGGCUCUUCAUCUACGGCCAUUAUCAAUUCAAGUUUACUCACUUUCAAACCCUAGAAUUUGUAUUUCUUUCUUU